AUGUCUUCUUCGAGCUCGUCAUCCGACGGUGUUCUUGAUGAUAUGGUUAUCGCCAUGGCGCAGGAGGCGAUUAAUUAUUUGCAAGAAGCCGAAUCCUCUGCAUCGCGUACCAGACAACCGCCUAUUGAACGGAAUCGGUUAGCUGCUCAUGAACGUCUAGUGCAAGAUUAUUUUUGUGAAACUCCCGUGUACGAUGAUGACCAGUUUAAGCGUAGGUUUCGUAUGAGCCGACGACUAUUCGUUAAAAUUUCCAAUGAUCUUGCGGGCGAAUCCCAUUUUUUCACGCGUAGGGUAAGUGCAAGUGGCAAGGUUUGUUUCUCUGGACUACAAAAGUGUACGGCAGCAAUUAGGCAACUAGCGUACGGCACAUCGAGUGAUGCGUGGGAUGAGUAUUUAAGGAUGUCGUCAAGAAUGUGUCGUGAGUCUCUUGAAAAUUUUUGUGAAGGUGUAAUCUCUCUGUACGGGAGACGAUAUUUGAGGAUGCCAACCGCAGCUGACGUUCCAAUUCUAUACGAGGCCCAUCAGCGCUUACAUGGGUUUCUUGGAAUGUUGGGAAGUCUUGAUUGCAUGCACUGGGAAUGGGCGGCAUGCCCAACCGCUUGGAAAGGGCAACAUCAUCGUGGUGACCACGAUGGUCCUACCGUAAUAUUACAAGCGGUCGCUUCUCAAGUUUUAUGGAUUUGGCAUGCGUACUUUGGCAUGGCUGGUACGAACAAUGACAUUACUGUUUUAAUGACCUCGAAUCUAUUCGACGAUGUCAUAGACGGUGUUGCACCAGAUACUUCAUUCUAUGCAAAUGACGUGCAGUAUAGAUAUGGCUAUUAUCUCACAGACGGUAUUUAUCUCGAGUGGGCGACGUUGGUAAAAAGUCCCUCGUGUCCAGAUGACGAAAAAAGAUUGUAUUUUAAGAAAAAACAAGAGUCAGCAAGAAAAGAUAUCGAGCGGGCUUUCGGUAUGUUAAAGAAAAGAUGGUCUAUCAUCACCCAGCCUUCGAGGAUACUUGAAAAAAGUAAAAUGAGAAACAUUAUGUAUACGUGUAUCAUUUUGCAUAACAUGAUAUUGGAGGACUCUCGUAGAGCAUUUUGUAGAGAAAGCUAUGAUGAAAGUAUCCAACCGACAAACCCAAUACUAACAUACGCUGAGAAAGAAGAUAUCCGAGCAAAGAUACGGGUUAGGCACACACACCAAAACCUUCGAGCCGAUCUGACAGAGCACCUAUGGUUUUAUCGUGAACAAGGAGGACUCGACACAGACGACGAGUAG